AUGAGCGCCAAUGAUAAAAACAGUGAAGUGGCCGUGGACAAGGUCGGCGAUGAGAAGUCAGCAGACGCUAAAAGUGACCUGAAAGGAGCCAAAAGGGCAGCAGAGGAGAAGGUGACAGAAGCGAAAAAGGCGCGAAAGGAAGAAAAUGGGGGCGGCGGCGAAGUCGAGGCCCAUAGCGAUGAAGAAGAUUUAGAUGAAGAGGGUUUGGAGGGGGAGGAAGGGGAAGAGGGUGAAGACGACGACGAGGAAGUGGAAGGAGAAGAGGGAGUGGAAGACGAAGAGGACGACGAUAUAGACGAAGAAGUUGAAGAGGAGUUAAUAGACGAAGAGGAAGAAGACGACGCGUAA